CGGUAAGUAUUGCGCUGACUCUCGAGCCAGACGCACGCGUUUUACGAGGUGCUCCUUUAAACCUUUUAUUCAACGGUUCCCUUAGUGUCUGCCUUCAGGUUUCUCCAUCGUUGGCAUAGAUUCUUGUAGUCCGGUUCACUGUGACAUAAUUGCCGAGGCAAGAAAAUAGUCCAGCUGUCGGAAAAAGUUACCGUUGAACUCGCGGACGUCGUUAAACCCACUAGCCAUUCGGUGUUGGCAUCCGCGCAUUCACUGGAUAUAUCCGAUUCACUAUCAAGAGGAGCGCGUGUCUGGCUGGAUAGUUCAAAUCAAGUGCAUAAUAAUAAAAACAACUGGUGGGCGUCGAUUUGCUUGGUUGCUCCGGCGCAAAACCGCUUUUUAUUGUUAUCGUGCUACAGCCCGACCGCUUGGCAAAAAGUGGUUUUCUUUCUGAUAGCUGUUAUCUCACCGCAAACCAACAACCACAGCUGCGGUUUAAAGCUACAAACAAGUUGAGACGAAGAGAAAAGACGGCGCAGUUUAUGAGCUUGUGUUGUUGAUGGAAGUUUUUCUAAGUGGCAUAAGAAAAUCGAGCAAAUCGUCCUGAUCCUACGCCGGGUGAAAUUGCAACUUUUUGCACAGUGUGUUAGCGUUCGAACGAUUCGCGCAGACAAGCAGCAAAUCAGCUAAAUUUGUUCAAGUGCUUCCAGGCAGUGCGCAUCGGCUAACACCUCGUCUACACCGACGAAGUCCACCGUGAGAGGUUAUUGACUUGGAUCUACAAACUCAACGCAGGUAAAACCGCACCCAGCAUGCAGCGUAUCAUCAAAUUCAAAAUGACACCCAGAGAGGCUAAAGGUGGAACGCUAUGUACAGGCUCCUGCAGUCGUAAGAUGAGCAGCCAAACGAAUCGUACUACCAGAAACAGCAACAGUAGCAGCCCCAGCAGCAGCAAUAGUCACCCAUCCCUGCCUGCCGUGUGCAUUUUCCAGACUGUGAUAGUAUCGUUAGUGAUUGCCAUUUUCCUGCUGCCCGCCAUGAGCACUGGCCUGGAAAACGGCCUGGCACGGACACCACCGAUGGGCUGGCUCUCCUGGGAACGGUUCCGAUGCAACACCGACUGCGAGGGUGAUCCGGAAAAUUGCAUCAGCGAAAAUCUCUUCCGUACUAUGAGCGACCUGGUUGUAACAGAAGGCUAUGCCGCUCUCGGUUACGAGUACAUAAACGUAGACGACUGCUGGUUGGAAAAGUCGCGAGGACCCCGUGGGGAGCUAGUUGCAGACCGACGGCGGUUUCCGAGUGGCAUGAAAUCCCUGGCGGACUACGUGCAUGCCAAAGGACUCAAGUUUGGUAUCUAUGAGGAUUACGGCAACUACACUUGCGCCGGAUAUCCAGGUAUUCUUGGAUUCUCGGAAAACGAUGCGGCUCAGUUUGCCUCCUGGGAUGUAGAUUAUGUUAAACUGGAUGGAUGUUACUCGCUGCCUAUCGAUAUGGACCAUGGCUAUCCGGAGUUCGGAAGAAAUUUAAAUGCCACCGGUCGCCCGAUGGUGUAUUCGUGCAGUUGGCCAGUGUACCAAAUCUACGCAGGGAUGAACCCAAAUUAUUCAGCCAUCAUUCAACACUGCAAUUUGUGGAGAAAUUACGAUGACAUUCAGGACUCGUGGGCAUCGCUGGAGAGCAUCAUUGACUACUACGGCAACAACCAGGAUGCAAUCAUCCCGAAUGCCGGCCCGGGUCACUGGAACGAUCCGGAUAUGCUUAUCAUUGGAAACUUCGGGCUAAGCUUUGAACAGUCCAAGACUCAGAUGGCCCUGUGGGCUAUCAUGGCCGCCCCACUGAUGAUGUCCGUUGAUCUGCGAACUAUCCGGCCGGAAUUUAAAGCUAUUCUACAGAAUAAAAAAAUUAUUGCUGUUGAUCAGGAUCCACUCGGCAUUCAGGGCAGACGGAUAUAUAAGCACAAGGGAAUCGAAAUCUGGUCCAGACCCAUCACACCAAUCUACCAAACAUUCUACUCGUACGCUGUUGCAUUCGUAAACCGACGAACUGACGGAACUCCAUCGGAUGUAGCGGUUACUCUGCGUGAACUGGGACUGAUUUCGCCCACCGGUUACAGAGUUGAGGAUUUGUAUGAAGAAGUCGACUACGGAAUACUCAGCCCGCAAACCAAAAUCAAGGUCAAGGUGAACCCAUCGGGAGUGGUCAUCCUCCGAGCCGAUGUUCAGCCCGAACGCUUCUCCAAGAGACCCUACAAUCCUAUCUUUUACCGCUACCCCAACUAAGCCGAAGCCAGCAAGCCAGCCACUGAAAUGACCCAUUGUUUUCAACAAUUAGCAUCUAAGUCCGAUCAAAGUGUGUGUGACGCACAUUUACAGUCUGCUUAGAACCACGCGUUUUAAGGUACCAACCGUAAUUAAAUACAUAGCGCCUAGAGGACCGUGUAGAUAGACAGCGAUAAUAGACAAGGAACAAAUCUCGAUACAAAUUGUGUCUAAUGUAGAGCAAUUGUACAAAUAGAUACGGCUCAUUUAGGGGUCAGCGAAUCAUCCGUUCCCGUGUAAAGGAAAAUAACAAUCAUAGUUGAAGCAGGAUUGGGCCCAUGCAACCGUAUAAAUUGAGAUGUGCCAGCGCCGCCAGAAUGCAAUGAAUUCCAUAUGAACCUGUGUCACUUGGUUAAACCAAAAACCACUGAAUAGUUUAUAAAGUACGUGUUUGAAAACAAAACAACCAUGACUCGCGGGAGGUUUUUCUUAUUCAAGUAUAAUAGUUAGAGUGGCGGAUAGAUCUGUAGCAUAUCCAAGGCAAGUGAUUCGUAAGGAAUUCAUCAACAUGGUGAUAUUUAUUAUACAAAGCACUAAGCUACGUUAUGAUCGGCUAGUAAAUGUCAGCCUGCACAUCAGGUGACGCAUUACAAUUUCAAAAAUAAAUAUUCAAUCCUUUGGCCAAUAUUUGUUAGCCGCGUGUAGUAGGCGAAUGUUUUUAGUGAUUUAGACAUUCUAUACAGAUCCCAGGCAUAUCAGCACACCGAUACAACCUGAAAGUUAGAAAACUUGACUAAUUCCAUCGCUAUCCAAUCCACACUGCACUGCCAAAUAGUGUGCUGCAUUGGAUGACGAAUGUCAAUAAUUCACCCGGCACUUACUGCUAACGGGGUUUGAUAUCAAACCGUAGAAUAGCUACCAAAAACAAGCACUUCGUAAGCGAACAAAACAUAACGACCUCCGAUGUGUCGUAUAUUCAAUGAAGGUAUGCCUGAAUAUGUAAUUUAUUUUUACCUAGAUCGUAAGCGAUAUGCAAUUAAUUAAAGAAAUAAAGCGAGAAUAAAACGUGACUUUUAUAAUCGAUCGGCAGUGUGAAAUCGCCUUAUCCUCGAGACUUACAUUUUUGCAAAUUUUACAGGCAGGCCUCUAGAUAAGACACCUGUACGUGAGCUCAAGCCCAAAUUGAAAAAAACUUAGUUCGGUGCAUCGCGGCAUAAAUAAUUGUCUAAGCUAGGGAUCUGUUGAGGAUUUCCAACAAUAGGCCUUCGUUAGAUUAAAAAAAAACACGAAUUAUUCCACCUAGUGGUGUGAUCGGGCCUUUCUCAUGCGAAGUUUAUUUUAUUAAAACGGUUUAGAACACACACUUAGUUAGACUGCAACCAAACCAACCCAGUGCCAUUUUUUUCGAGUUGAAUUAUUAACAGCAGUGGAUGUUUAAAUCUAUAACAAAAUUAUUCAAACAGUUUUAAUGGUGUUUGUCUGAUACCAUCAUUCCCAAUGCUUAAUACCCCCUUUUAAAUUCAUGCACCAGAAGUGUUUCAUCAAAGCCAGUUUUUCAUCAGCUUCAAGUAUGUAUUUUGAUACCAUCAACAAAUUAGAGGGUCAGACAAACACCGCAAUCACAGACACCGGCUACGUUGUACCAUUAGGUUGUCUCUGGACUCGUUUUUUUCUUGACGGGACUCAAUCCUCAGACGAAACAAACCAAUUGAAUUCAAUUUGAAUACUAAACGGAGAUAUACACCAUAAAAAUUCGUACAUCACUGCGAUAUGAAUAAUCGCAAUGCUAAAAUUCAGAAAUAAGUCCAAGAAGUGUUGUUCAUCGCAUAUUUGCACAAAUAUCAAGCACUAGCGUAAUAAAAUCGGUUCAUCGAUUCCUAAACUAAUUUGUUUCGAAAAAAAUGCUCGGCACCAAUCAACAAUAUAAAUAUUGCAAUGGCUCUAAAUUUGCACUUGAUUACCAUCAACUCAUAAAAUGAGAACGCCUAUAUUGGUUCCAAACAUUCGUGCGGUUGUAUUUGCUUAUAUAUUAAAGCAGCUUCGGGGAAACUUUGAUAACAACCUCGUUAACUCAAUCAAACUGAUUGAUCCAAUUAAACUCUCUACAAUUGUCUCUCAGCUACACCACUGACACGCGACAGCAUUGGUUCUUUCAAGCAAAGACAGUUUAUGUGGACUUCGGAUGCGAUAAUAAAUUAGUUUUGAAUAAACGUAUGAAAAUCACUA